AUGGCAAGACAAUUUAUCAGUGAAAUGGGGACUCCAGAUUUAGGUCUUCUCAGAUGCAUUGAUGCUAGUGAAGCUGCAAAGCUUCUUGAACAGAUACAUGCUGGAGUCUGCGGUACUUAUAAUAAUAGGCUCACUUUGGCUAGGAAGAUCCUCCGGGCCGGUUAUUUUUGGAUGUCUGUGGAGCAUGAUUGUUGCAAGUUUGUGCAGAAAUGUCAUAAAUGUCAAGUGCAUGGUGAUUUGAUUCGAGUCCCGCCUCACGAACUCAAUGCUAUGAGUUCACCUUGGCCGUUUGUAGCUUGGGGCAUAGAUGUCAUUGGUCUAAUAGAAUCAGCCGCCUCUAACGGACACAGAUUCAUUUUGGUUGCCAUUGUCUACUUUACCAAGUGGGUGGAAGCAGCUUCGUACAAGUCAGUAACCAAGAAAGUUAUAGUUGAUUUCGUUCGCAGCAAUUUGAUAUGUAGGUUUGGCGUUCCAAAAUCCAUCAUUACUGAUAAUGGUGUGAAUCUCAACAGUCAUUUGAUGAGAGAAAUAUGCGAACAAUUCAAAAUUACUCACCGAAAUUCGACUGCCUAUCGCCCCCAAAUGAAUGGACCUGUAGAAGCCGCUAACAAAAACAUAAAGAAGAUUCUUAGGAAAAUGAUUGAUAAUCAUAGAGUAUAUGGAACAAAAGCAGUUAUACCUGCCGAAGUUGAGAUACCUUCAUUGAGAAUCAUCCAAGAAGCUGAAUUAAGUGAUACUAAUUGGGUUUGCAAGCGGAUUGAUCAGUUAACAUUGAUUGAUGAGAAGAGAAUUGUUGCGUUGGUUCUCAAACGCAUUUUCCCUCAUCAAGAUGAGUACAAAGGGAAAUCUGCACCAAAUUGGAAAGGAUCCUACAUGGUUCGCAAAGUGUUAUCUGGAGGUGCCUUGGUCCUGUCGGAUAUGGAUGGCACCGAAUGGCUGAAACCGAUCAACUCAGAUGCUGUCAAGAGAUACUAUGUGUGCAGUUUCAGUUUGUAUACCUGUUAUUUCCUUGUAAUCAUUCCAUUUGCCUGUAAUCGCUUUGUUUAA